AUGGAUGAAGUGCACUACACAGAGUUUGAGAAUCCCAAGUUCGAUGCCAAGGACGAGACGCAGAUGUUGGGAGGUCCACCCUGCAGAUGUUGGGAGCUGGUGCAGCGCUACCGCAAGCGGGUGCCUCUGCCGCAGCUGCAGAAGAGCCUCCGAACGCAUCACGCCUCGGCGCGGCAGGAGCUGGUGGAACUGAUCAAUGAGAUCCUUGGAGUUGGAAUGUGGGAACGUGGACGGUCUGUCAAUCGCAUGACAGGGUCUUUGCAACUCGAGAGGCUCAAGCAACUGAAGAGGAAGUAUGCGGACUUCGUGAGCUUGUCCUCGCGGAUGCAAGGGGUCGAGCGGGCGCUGAAGCCGCUGCGCGCGCCCUUGGAAGAGUCUGCAGAGCUGACCAAAGGACUGCACAGCAAACUUGGAAGUCUUUUGCAAAAGGCAGAAGAAGCUCACCAAGGGCUGGUGCGGAUCGGAGCUCGCAAGGACGCGCUUCGGGCAUACAUCGAGAAUGCCAGGCUUUUAGAAAAGGUCCGCUCAUCGGGCACUGGAAUCGAUGCGGCGAGGCCGCGAACCUGGCUAAGUCGUCCUUCGCCAAGGAACCUCCAAGAGGCGGUGGCGCGGGACCUGCGGCGGAUCCGUCUGAGCCUGCAGGGAGCUCAUGCAGCGUCGCCCGAGUGUCAGGCGUUGCUGGAAGAGGCCAUGUCCUUCCAAGAGGAUUUCAGCCAGAAAUUGGUGGAGCAGCUGCGGCCUUUGCUGCUUUGCUCGAAGCGCUCCUGGGAUGCUGCGGGUGAAAUACCCAACACUGAGUUCCUGGCGAUCUGCCAACUCAGCCGUGCGCUGUGCCACCUGGGCCAUGCUGCACUGGUGGAGCAGAGCUUCGGAGAGGUCUUCGUGCGAGCGAAGCUCGAGGAGCUCAGUGCCACAUGCAAUGCGGUGGCGGAGGAGCAGAAGCGGAAGGCCAUGGCCAUGGCGGAAGGCUCCAAGAUGGUCAGCGCGGGGGCGGUGGAUCUGGCUAUUUUCUUCCAUUCAGUGCAGGAGACCUUCUUCACGGAGGCCUCUGCGUUGCUGUGGUUCGCCCGCCGCUGGAGUAGUGGGAGCUCUGGAGAUGUGGAGAUGCCUCGCGUCAGACUGCUGGCAGAGGCGCUGGUUCUGCCCUGCCUGCAAAAAGUGCAGGAGGUGUGGCCCAACGUCUUUAUGCCCGCUUUCCCGGACACCUUCGCGGCCAACUACCGGCACUUCAGCAGCUUCCUGCGCCAGGCAGAGGAAGUCAUGGAGGUGAGCGAAGCUGGAGAGCUCCAAAGGAAGUUGGUCGACUUCCAACGAAAGUGGAAGACGCAGGUCUACUGCUCCCUCCGCACGAAGGAGGCGGCACAGCGCCUGGACACCGCCGCCCAGAAGCUCACGCUCGACUCCGCCGAGCCCGGUGGCGUCUACUGGCUUCCGGUCUCUGGCGAGCUCAUCAGGACCAUCGAUCUGGUCUGGAAGGCUUGGUAUUUGAGCUGCUUGUAUCCCAAGAUGGCCCGACUCUCGCUGGAGCUGGUGGCCAAGUACGGGAAAGCCAUCUCGGCCUUCGUGGAGACGAGCGCUGGUGGUGCUUGGGAUGCUGCACAGCAAGGUUGGAGUGCAUCCUCCUUGCCGGUGCGCUUCGCACGCGCCGCAGCGGACGUCUUGCAGGUGAUUGCCAGCUUCAGCGUGGAGGGGUCACCAGGGCUUGUAGCCCAGCUCUUCUUGGAGCCAUUGGAGUCAGAGAAGCCACGAGAACUGGAGGUGGCUAAGGUGCUGCUGAUGGAGGCAGCUCGGAGUCUGGAGCCAAUGCUGCUUUUGUUGAAGGAUGGGAUGGUGAAGCAAGUGGUGGCCAUGGGGACGCCCUUCGCGGCGAUCCGCGGGAUUCCAGCCUUCUACCGGAUGCUGAACAAGCCGGUGCCCACCAAAGCCUCGCCCUAUGUGGAGUCCUCCUUAAGGUGGGAACAAGCAGAGACAAAAGCGGGAUGCCAGCCCAAACUACCUCCAGAGCGAGAUCGGACAAAUGAGCAGACUCUGACUCGGUAG